CAAGGUAAUUUUGUGCUUAAUACGAAAAUUUCACAGAAAUUUUAAAACUAAAGUGAGCUUGUUCAUCAUUUUAAAAGGGUAGGUUUCAUCUUUGAUUUAUAUUCCAGUAUUUUGACCGAAAAGAUUAAUUGCUAAAAGUAUAUAUAAUAUUGUUUUAAAGAUGGGAAAUGCACCGAGUAACCGGAGAGUUACGGUAGUGAAUGAUGAUGUUGUUGGAGUUGUUCAAGUAUCUGAAAGUGUUGUUAGGAGAUUACGAGGUUUACCUGACAAAUCUGCUACAGAUUCCGAACGAGGUACGGCCCAAGAAUCGCAAGUUCCUCAGCCGGUUCCUGAGGUAGCCCAUCGCCCGUCUCCAAGUUACAUCCCAUUUGCUCCACCAGAACCUUAUUCUUCAACUUUAGAACAGAGGCAGAAGUAUCAUGAAGAAUUUAAAAAGGCUGAAAAAUCGUGGAACAACCGUAUCCAUGAACUUGAAACCCAAAAUCGUCUGUUGUUUGAAACCGCCAAUAAUAAGUUUACAGCCACUGUGAAAGAAAUUGAAGAAAAUCAUAUAAAAAAUUCUUAUGCUCCUGUAUGCCCUGAUAAGCAACAACAAGUUUCGAUGUGUUAUAAAGCAAAUUCGAAAUACCCGUUACAUUGUUCUCGUGAAGUAAAUGAUUUUAUGGAAUGUGUAGAUAAAGUUAGGAUGACUGCUCUUUCUAAGUGAAUGUAUAAUUCAUAAUAGAUGUAUUGAAAUUAAUUUGAAUGCCACAAUAGAUUUAUAUCAUUACUGUCUUUUAUCAGAAUUUAUUUGAAGGAAAGUAUAGUUAAUAAACAUAAAAUAUAUUUCA